AAAUGCAGCCUAAUUGGUCCCUGGCUCUUUCUAGUGAAUGAAGGAGGUUUCUGUUUUAAGAAAUAAAGUGACUUAGCUGUUGAUUCACUGCCCACAGGGAGAUUUCUGAGCACAGGCUCCCUAGCCUCCGCAGAGAUUUGCAUACAACUUCCACUUCCUGCUUCAGAGCCUGUUCUACAACUUACCUGGCCCUGGACAGGGCAAAGGAGGUGGAGAGCAACCCGAGGUGGAGACAGGAGAGACUCAGAAAGCACGACCACCCCCGACCCCUGUCUAUCUAUCUGUCCCUGGUGGGUUUAAGAAACUAGAAUGAGCCGAAGCAUUCCUGUGGAGGUUGAUGAAUCAGAACCAUACCCGAGUCAGUUGCUGAAGCCAUUCCCAGAAUGUUCUCUGGAAGAGGAAUCAGAACCACCUGCUCCAAUUAUAAGAAACAUGGCACCCAACAGCUUGUCUGCACCCAACCCCCCUCACUGUGCCUCAGGAGACUUUUCUCAGGUUCACCCUCCCCUGAAACUUGCAAAUCACCAGCGACCUGUGUCUCAGCAGGUCACCUGCCUGCGCACUAAAGUCCUGGAGGAGAGUGAAGACAGUUUCUUCAGGAGGCACUCAGACCCUGGCAAAGAUUUUCCCUUUGGCUCCUCUGCUGCCAGCCAGCCCGAGUCUGAGCCUGUGGUUGCAGCCUUCCCCCUAGAGCAUCGGUUUUCAUUUAUGGAAAAACAUAAUCCAUGGCUGGGAUCUCAGCUUUCAGCAGCUUCUCCUGACACUGGCCAUGACUCACACAAAUCAGACCAAAGUUUACCUAAUGCUUCAGCAGACUCCUCAGGCAGUGGCCAAGAGACGGUGCCACAGCCACAGCCUCACAGGAACCGAGCAGCCCCAGACCUGCCAACGAUAGACACGGGAUAUGAUUCCCAGCCUCAGGAUGUCCUGGGCAUCAGGCAGCUGGAAAGGCCUCUGCCCCUCACCUCUGUAUGUUACCCUCCAGACCUCCCUGGCACACUCAGGUCUAGAGAGUUCCUGCAGUUUGAACCGCAGAGGUAUCCAGCAUGUGCACAAAUGCUACCUCCCCAUCCUUCUCCAUGGAACUAUCACUACCAUUGCCCUGGAAGGCCUGAUCACCAGGUACCAUAUGGCCAUGAUUACCCUGGAGUAGCCUACCAGCAGGUGGUCCGGCCCACUCUGCCUGGGCAGCCCCUCCCUGGAGCAACUGUGAGAGGCCUGCACCCGGUGCAGAAGGGCGUGCAGAAUUAUCCCAGCCCACAGAACCAAGAAGAGAGGCCUGCAGGGAGAGAUGGUUCCUUUCCAGGACUUCUGAGGUACAAGGACCAGCUGCAUCACCAGGCACUUAAUGGGACUGGAGCUCCAGAGCAGUCCUCAGAACAUGCCGCAGAGUUGAGACCACAGGCUCCCCAGGCUACGUCCCUAGUUGCUGUGCCUAGACCCCCUAGUAACCCCUUAGCACGAGGAACUCUGAAAAUAAGUAAUUUGCCAGAAGAAUUGCGAAAAGUCUUUAUCACUUAUUCUAUGGACACAGCUAUGGAGGUGGUGAAAUUCGUGAACUUUUUGUUGGUGAAUGGCUUCCAAACUGCAAUCGAUAUAUUUGAGGAUAGAAUCCGAGGCAUUGAUAUCAUUAAGUGGAUGGAGCGCUACCUUCGGGAUAAAACAGUGAUGAUAAUCAUAGCAAUCAGCCCCAAAUACAAACAGGAUGUGGAAGGCGCUGAGUCGCAGCUGGAUGAGGAUGAGCACGGUUUACAUACUAAGUACAUCCAUCGAAUGAUGCAGAUUGAGUUCAUAAAACAAGGAAGCAUGAAUUUCAGAUUCAUCCCUGUGCUCUUUCCAAAUGCCAACAAGGAGCAUGUGCCCACCUGGCUGCAGAACACUCACGUUUACAGCUGGCCCAAGAAUAAAAAAAAUAUCCUGUUGCGGCUGCUCAGAGAGGAAGAAUACGUGGCUCCUCCCCGGGGGCCUCUGCCUACCCUUCAGGUGGUUCCCCUGUGAUACCAGCCGGUUUCAGAUCACUGUG